AUGCAGGCUCUCCUAUCCAAACUCCCGAAAAUCUGGAACCUUGUGGAUCGGGUGGUGGGAAAAGAUUUGGGGAUGGGUAAAUUUCAGUUCGAGUUUGAGAAGGAGGAGGAUAUUGAUGGUGUCUUAAAGCUACAACCAUAUCAUUUUGAUUAUUGGAUGUUAGCUUUGGCAAAGUGGCAACCGAAGAGGACCAUCCCAACAUUUGAAAGCAUUGGAGAGGCUAUUGGAAGGGUGAUCGAGGUAGAUUUGGAACUGAUGCGAGUAUUGGUGGUGGUGGAUGCCUUCAAGGAACUCUGUUUCGAAACCUCUGUUGACUUCACUGGUGGAGAAUUCUAUGAAGGGGAGGAAGUACCUAUUCUAUUAAGGUACGAGAAGUUGUUUGGGUACUGUGAGGCUUGUGGUAGUCUCUGUCAUCAAGAGGCAAAAUGCCCAUUGAUGAAAGGGUUCAAGCAGCAUCCUGAGAGAAAGAUGGAGAUCCGCGAGGGUAGUGGAGGAUGGCAUGAAGGGAACAAACACGACGACAGGGCUAGAAGCUUCAAAGGGGUGGUGAUGAAUGGUAAUGGGGCGCAACAAAAUCGUGAAAGGGAUACAAAGGAUUACUAUGGUAAGGGGAAGGGUAAAAUGGUUGAGGAAACGGAUUCUAAAUGGGUGCGAGUUGCUGAUAGAAGUAACAGGAAACCUUCUGGAUAUAAAGGCAAUGCUAGAGGAAAUGGGGAGGAAACGAGGAACAGAACAGUGCGACAGGAUGAGGAGAGGUUCCUUGAUCAGGAAGGGAAGAAAAAAGAGACUCCUAGACAACAAAUUUGGUCGCAGGAAGAGGCACAGGAGGAAGGAGAGAUUAGGACUGAGAGGGACGACAAUCAGCUUCCUCCAUCUCAAGGCUUUCAAAGGCAGUUAACUGAAACGCAGGCGAUGGGUGCUGAGGUCGUUUCGGACCCUAAAGACACGGAGAAUGGACUCAAGCAGAUUCAGGGUUUAGUAGAGGGACAGUUGAAGAUAAGGGAGGAUGAGGUGAUGGAAUGGGAUGACCUAGAAGCAGCAGAUGACUUCCCGGAUCUUACUGAAGAAGAAAUAGCAGCGAUGAACCUGGAGCUUGAGGAAAAUGUCGUGCUUGAUGACGUCGACGAGCAACUGGUGAAUGAGGAGGCAAAAGGGCAACAAACAGAGAUGGAGGCGACAGCAGAAACGAAACAGGCGACGAAGAAAAGGCUGUUCAAAUCUACUCUCAGCACGGCAGCGAGCACAAAGAUGAGAAGUGCCAAAGGUCAUGCUUCACCUCGCAAGCGAGCUCCGGUGAAGGCAGGAACGCGUACGGGGGAUAACAGGCACCAGCAGGAGAGUAAGGCUGCUUCACUCUUGCUUGCGGUCCAUCAGAAACCAUAG